AUGUUGAAGCCUUUCCAAAUCAGAGAUCUCCACCGGUCUCCAUCACUCUCGUCCUCAGAUGAAACCUCGGAUCUAGACCACCCCUUGUCUCCCACAAGACGUACGGGUAUCGUGCAGCUAUCAGCUUCGCAGUAUGAUAGCUUAUCGUCUACUCAUCCGCGAGCCCGUUUAACAUAUAACGACGAAGAUGAUGGGGAACUUAUCACGGUCGGUUCUUCAUUUGAGCUUUCACAGCGACUCGAAGAACACGUUAAUGCAGAUAUCGACUAUAUUUCAGUUUCGCAAACAACCCUCGAACCGAUGCAUGUUUUCGACAUUCGACGGUCAAAUUCAGUAACAGAGCUCUGGAAGAAAUACGAAUGCAAGCAGGGCAAGCAGGGCAAGCAGGCCGUGCAGGAAAGCAAGGAGAUUGAUGACGCACCGGCCGAGCCCACACCUGCAGAAACCCCUGCCCCGGCCAUUCAGCAGCCAGGCGAACAUCCGGAUUUCUCUCCGAGAGACGCUCAUGCCACCGAGAACGAAGAAUCUCCAUCGCUUUUGGCUGCAUUCGAGGCUGAGAUGGCCAAGUUUCUCAGUACUCCCCAGCCUGCGGCCGACACUACACCCUCUGCACAGCCUUCGACCUCCACCUCUUCCAUCCAGUCAUAUCCGGACUCAAGGUCGACCAGGUCUCAGAACGCAACCGACGCAUUUACUCACGCGAUGCAAAGCUUGAUCGACGGAGCAGAAAUGCUCAGCUUCGGGGUAAUGUCAAGACUGCCCGAAAUCGAAAGACAACUGCAGCACGCUCAGAGGGCCAUACCCGAGAACGUUGGCUCCUCUAUGCAGGGAGCUCUUGCAACCUUAGAAGCUCAGCUCAGACAAGUGACCAAUUCGCUUAGCAAUUCCCCAGCAGUGAGUGCACAAGUGGCCAGCAUAUUAGAGGGUGAGCUUCCCACAGCUACGCGCACGGCUGAAAGCCUGCGCUCUAUGGCGUCCGAACUUGGCAACCUUGGCCACACCUUGUUCGAGGCUUUUGAGGCAGAGCUUGGCUGCACUCGAGCCCGGCCACAGCAACAGUCACCUGCUUCAGCUGCGGAGUAUCAGAACUCAGAGAAUUCGGUGCCAGACAGGAAUGCCGACAUCACUCAAGCAAGUAAUGCGAAGCCUAGUUCAGAGCAGCCGGAACCAACUACAGGCCUUGAGGAGAAAUCAUCCACAAAAGAGAACGACGAAGCGCCCGAUGCCGGAUUGCAUGAAAAUGCGUCUAGCAGAUUCGAGCCUAGUAGGCACACAUCAGAGCCGAUUGUUCGUCCUUCGGAUUAUCUUCGGAGGCCUAUGAAGCUCGAGCCGCUUAUGCAUCAUCCUCACUCUCAGUAUCACGAAUCUUCACCUCAUAACCACCAUCCACACGCUCCUCCCCAUCCUCCUUUCUUCCAUCCACCCCCGCCACCUCACUGGCCACCACCUUUGAUAAGCCACCCAACCUGGCCAUUUGCAACCCCACCGGAGCUCCAUAACGGGUACCCCUCUGCGCCCCCACCACCACUUCCUCCAUCUCCCCCAAUUCAAUCUGCCAAAUCUCCUUCUCUGAAUGCAGAGGAACACUCGCAUCGGUGUCGGCCUCAACUCCGACAUUCUGGCGGGUACAAUCUACCUCCGACAGCACCGGCUCACAACGAAAAGGUCCCGACCAAUGCUUCUCCAACCCCCUCCGACGCGCGGGAUGUGCAACUCUCCGAAAACACAGCAUUGUUCAUCGGUAAUGUAGGAUUCAACGUCAGUGAAAAGAUGAUCAGCGAUGUCUUCGCCUCAAAGGGAUUUUUGAUUAAGGUUCACCUCCCACAAGAGUCUGAAACUGGGAAGCACGCCGGUUUUGGUUACCUGCAGUUCCCGUCAGUGCAUGCAGCUAAAGCUGCCUUGGACGCUUUACAGGGUGAGCACAUUGACGGGCAUGCAAUCAACUUGGAAUUCAGUGAUCAUUCUCCCAUUCUUGGGCUGCAGCCACCGGAAGCUCACUCCCAACCCAGUUCUUUGGCCAGUGUCACUCCCCUUGCUACCAGACCAUCGGAGCUCCAGGGCUCCGUAGCGUCAUCUUUGACGCAUGGACCUAACGAUGCUCGUUCGAAGAGCGCAGUGAAAUCAACUCCCGCUGACCUUUGCUCCGAGAUGAAACACAAGCAAGACGGCGCGAUCUCCACGAAUGGCUCGGAAAAGCUAUCAGAGGAGGAUGCUGAGCGACUCAACAUCCUCUUUCCGUCUGUCCUGCCUGGGGGUCCUUUGCAAUCGUCCAGGUCGAACAGUAUCCCCUCUAAUUUGUCGGAUUGGACUGCCGAUAUCGACCAUCACCGUUUCCCACCAAUUUCACAGAUAGAAGCGCAGUUCCGCGCCACGCAUUGCCAUCCGACCACAAGGGCUCGAGGUGUUUCGCCGGAUGAACGUCCCGAACGUCUGAAUGCUAAUUCUACAUCAUGGGACAUUCCGGGUACAUAUCAUCAAGAAUCCAACGACGAUGCUGCUAGACCUUCAGGUACUUCUCAAAGCCGCUACAAACCAGACGCGCUCGGGAGUUCCCUUGGCUCCCAUCGCCAUUAUCGACGCUCAAGGACCAUGAAGUAUCCUCGCUCAUCCUGGCACGGUCCUGGUGCUUCUGGAUCUGUAGAAACCGGGCCAUCUCGACAUUCACACGGCCGGCCCAAGCCAGGAUUCCACCAUCGUGGUUCUCUGCAUGAGAGUCCUACGAACUCACCUUCCCGGACCCCGCAAAUCUCACCUGAAAUGCAACAGAGGAGUAUUGAUGCAUGUGUGGCAACCUUGGUUGAUCUUGGUUAUGGUGGUGAAAACGAUGGCGGCCUCCAGCGCAUCGCAGUGUAUGCCGCGGCUGCAGACGCCAAUGUGCUCGAAGCUAUUGACAUGAUCGAAGAGGAACGGAAAGCCUAUGAGCAACAAAGAAACAUGAUGUAA